AUGUCAAGCUGGACCAGGUCUUCGUCACCGACUUCAAGUUGGAACUUUUAUGACUCUGCUCGAGGAUACGAGUGGCAGAACUCUCAGGGCGAAAAUGCGAUCUGGUGGUACUUGGCGGAUGACGCCUGGGCGUGGGAGACGCAGCUUUUUGAGAAGGCAUCACCACUUCUGCCUGGGCCAGCGAGCCUCCUCGCGUUUCGCGCGGUGUCCGUGGUGCUGACCUGGGCACCGCUGGCUGGGGCUGUGGCGUUCUAUCGGCGAAAGCGGAAGGAGGAAGGCGAACCGUUGUUCCUGCAGGGCUUUGAGGUGCUUUUGAUCUUCUGCACCCUCUGGACAUGGUGUUGGAAGGCCAUGUAUUUCUUGUUCGCCAGCAGCCUCAGUCUUGCCUACGUCAGCUUCGGCUGGGUCCCGCCGAGCUGCGUCACCGGCUGUCUGUGGAUAGUUUUCGAUGUGGCCUUUGGCAUGUCGUGGGUGGUCUUCUGGGCGGUCUGGCUCUUCCUGCUGCCCUUUGCAUGGUAUGCAGGGCACCAGUGGGCUUUGGACGAACUGCUGUCGCCCCUGCCGUUUUACUUUCACAACGCCAACGUGGUCCUGAUGUGUGCCGAGCUAGUAUUUUCGCGAUGGACUGUGAACCUCGAGCAUUGCAUCUUCCCAGUGUACUUUGGCCUUGCAUACUUGUACUGGAACUGGUGGCUGUAUUCGAAGAUCCGGGUGUGGAUCUACUUCUUCCUCGACUACGACAGGCCCUCUUCAGUGCCGGUGUGCUUGAUACUCGUGUCCAUUAUCGUUGCUUCCUUCGACUUCGGUGCCUGGCUGGCCCAUAUCUUGAAGUGA